ACUUGUUGUUAACCGUGGCGGUACUUAGUUUUCUUUUGCACCAAAUGCAACAUUGCGAUGAUUGACUUUCUGAUUCGAAUUUCCUCUUGUGGCGCAACUUACAGAUGUUCUUUUCUUAGAUUCUUGGAAAGGUUGGUAAGCUCUUCCAAGGACAAGUUCUUGAGAGUAUGGGACCUUGAUACUCAGCACUGCGUGCAGAUCAUUAAUGGGCAUCAUACUGAAAUUUGGUCCGUAGAUGCCGACCCUGAAGAGAAAUAUCUGGUUACUGGAUCUGCAGAUCCAGAGCUUCUGUUUUACCCAAUUAAGCAUGAUUUGUCUGAUGAUAAACCUAUAACUAACACAAAUGAAGGAGUAGACAUUGCUGCUACCACUCAAAGCAAAUGAGAAUUCCUGAGGCCAUUUGGCGAAAUUCAAAGAAAGAGCAAGGAUAGGGUUGCUACUGUGAGGUUCAACCAAACAAGAAACAUACUGGCUUGUCAACAUGCUGGGAUGAGUCUGAAUCCAAACGUAAAGCGAAAACAAGAAUUAGUAGGGAGAAGAAAACAUUGAAAGAAAAUGGAGACUCAAAUAAUGUUGGAAUCAAUGGAGAAGGCAAGAACCUUGUUAUUAUUACUGCGUUUGAAGUUUUUAAGCUUUUACUUACACUGCGGGCUGGAAAGAAGAUAUGCUCAAUUGCUUUUAGUCCGGUUGCAUCGAAGGACACACUGGCUACUUUGGCAUUGUCUUUGAAUAAUAAUAAUUCAUUACAAUUUUAUGCAAUUGAUGAAAGUGGGGCAGCCAACAAAGGCAGUAGUAUUGAUCUCCAAGGGCAUCGGUCUGAUGUGAGAAGUGUUACUCUUAGUUCAGACAACACACUUCUAAUGUCGACAAGUCAUAGUCUGAUUUAGAUAUGGAACCCUAGCACUAGAUCUUGCCUCCAGACAAUAGCAUCGGGAUAUGGGUUGUGUGGCAUGUUUAUUCCUGGAAACAAAUAUGCAGUUGUUGGAGCAAAAGGAGGAACUUUAGAGAUCCUUGAUGUUAGGAGUGUUACUUGCAUUAAUGUGGUGGAAGUUCAUGGUGGAUCGGUUCACUCCAUUGCUGCAACUCCAGAUGGAACUGGUGGUUUUAUUACUGGGAGUGCUGAUAAUGACAUCUUUCAGCAUCAAGUCCUGGGAGUUAAAGUUAAACCAAAAGUCUGGCCAGGUGUGUAAAUCUUCCAUCUUUUGUUGUAUUGAUUAUAGACUCACACACGAUCCAUCAUCAUUACACCAAUGCCGCAAAGGCUCCCACCUAUAAUCGGGUAAGGGGGUCAGAUGUACGCAACCUUACCCCUUUAUUAAAGCACCGAGAGACUUUUUUUCGGGACCCAUAGUAAAAAUCACGCCGAAAAUUGUAUGGACCGGUUGGUGCUUCAUAACAAAGAAACGCAGACAGUUUAGUAAGCCAUUUUGUUUUAUUUCAUCGUAUUUCCAAGACAAAAAUAAGUCUUUGGCUUUAUUGCAAAUGAUGGAAAGAGACACGAUCCAAAAGAAAGAAUAUCUAAUAAACAUAGUAUGUAAUGAGUUUUGGUCCUUAAAAAACUGGAGGCCAAGCAUAUAACUGCAUCUCAUGUGAGGAGUAAGAAAAUGGAUGAUGAUGUCAUUGCUGUUGUUGUCAUCCCUGAUAGUAAAUACAUUGCAGCUGCACUUUUGGAUAGCACAAUCAAGGUGAGCUUCAGUUUCAAUUAUUAAUUUUUUCAUAAAAGAAACACGAUUACACAACGUAUUAUUCAAAUUGGAUCUUUUUCCUACAGUUUAAAUUUGGGAAAUUAUUUUCCUAUUUUUAUUCAAUUGUUGAGCCGAACGAACGUUAUAUUUGUCACUCUUAACAGUUCGACUCUUCAACUACUACCUUAUGUCAUUAUAUGUGGUGGAUUGAAACAUUUUCAGGUAUUUUUCAUGGAUUCUCUCAAUCUUUUCCUGUCAUUGAAUGGCCACAAACUGCCUGUUCUAUAUAUGGAUGUUUCAUCAGAUGGAGAUAUGCUUGUUAGUGGCUCUGCUGACAAAAAUUUGAAGAUUUGGGGACAAGUGAAAAAGAUAAAAAGGAAAAGGCGAGCAAAGGAAAUGAAAAGGAUCAAAAUCUCCAUUUAGCAGUGUGAAACUCUGUUUGAAACAUUAUGGAGGUGCCAGGUUGAGUAGCAAAGCUGUGACACUAGCUCCAUGUGGAAAGCUAGGAACGAGCAUAUCUUUGCACAAAAUGCAGCCAUUGUCCAAGGAGUAUUUUUGCAGAUUCACAAAUGGCUUAUAGGGUACUAUUUAGACUUUAUCCUAUAACUAUGAUUAAUUUUUGAACUCUAGGAGAUUUAUGGCUUUGAAACCUUGAAGACUGAUUUCCAAUACCCUGAUAUAUCUAGAAUUCUCUUGGCAAAGGUUGUCUCCAUAAGAUGAUGUACAAUU